AUGCAGAGGACGAGGAGGGGGCGCACGGCGCUAUACAUCGCCUGCUACCUCGGGAAGUUGGAUGCUGUUCAGGCACUGCUGAAGUCUGAGGAUCCCAAAUAUCGAGCAGACGUGAGGAAGCGAGCCGCGUUGCGUGGCUGGGCGCCUCUGCACGCAGCACAUGACAACACAGAUAUAACCAAGCUUCUCCUCCAGGCGAAUGCUGAGGUGGAUUGUAAAACUCGCAAAAGUGGCGUGACGGCACUCGCGAUGGCGGUUUUUGAAGACUAUGAUGUAGCCAAGCUGCUUCUGCGGCACAAGGCGAAUCCUGACGUGGCCGACGUGGAUGGCGAGACGAGCCUACACUGCGCGGUCAACGGCUGCCGAGGGUCUGAAAUGCUCGAGCCCCUGGCAAGGUACGAGGCUUAUUUAGACGCCCAAAGUCUCGAUAGAAGUACUCCUCUUCACCUUGCCGCCAAGGAGCAGGGAGAAAGAUCAGUGAGAUCUCUCUUGGAGAAAGGAGCCAAGGUGGACAAUGUUAGCGACAGAUACGGUACGGCUCUGAUAGCUGCCGCCGAGGGAGGGAAUGUGUUGAUAGCCAGGCUUAUCCUUGCAAAAUGCGCCGACAUAAGUGCCACCGGCGGGAGAUUCCACACGGCUCUACAGGCGGCAGCGCCCAAAGGUAAUAGUGAGAUGGUGGAUCUGCUCUUGAAGGAGAAAGCAGCCGUGAACAUGCGUCACAAAUCCAUUGGCACCGCCCUGGAGAGCGCCAUGAAUCAAGGUCAGGUCAGCAUAGCCUUGAAGCUGCUCGAUGCAAAUGCUGAAGUCAAUGCAGCAGACAAGAAGAAGGAGUCACCUUUACAGAUGGCUGUCCGGUACACCCGGUGUUCCCUGGUUCAGCGACUCAUCCAGGAAGGGGCCGAUAUCGACUGCCAAGAGAGUGAAGUAGAUUCGCCGCUGUGCCUCGCUGUGAUGAAGGGAGACCGUGAUAUAUUGGAGACGAUGCUCAAAGCCGGAGCCAACAUACACAGGAGGUGUAAAGACGGGCGUUCGCUCCUUUCGUAUGCUAUUAGGCAUAAGCUGCAUUCUCUAUUCCCGGUGCUCCUGGAUGCCGGAGCACGGGAUGAAGGGGCCCUUGAGGACGCGCUCCGCGCUGGCGACACGACCAUGGUGAAUGCGCUCUUGGGCCUCGUUGAAGGGCCUAUAGAAGAUGUAUCCGGCAAAGAAAGCUUCAAACAUAUAGUGCACCUAGCCAUUGACCGGGGUCAGGUGGAUAUCCUCAGAGCCCUUGACAUACGAGGAGCGGAUUUCGAUGUGAAGGACAGGCAUGGCUGUUGA